AUGAAAGACAUGUCGUUAGACUUAAAUAACUGUGUAGGGAUUGGAACCGAUGGGUGCUCAGUCAUGACAUCUGUAACACGUGGAGCAGUUGCUGAAAUUCAGAAAAACUGUCCCAGUGCUGUUUACAGUCCAUGUUCAAACCAUGCAUUGAACUUGAGCAUCUCAAAGUCAUCUAAUGUACAGUUAGUUAGAAACACUAUGGGCAUCAUAAAAGAAGUUCUAUCUUUUUUUUAA